GUCGGCGCUGCAGCGCAGGCUAAUGUUUUAUCUAUGUAAGAAUGAUUUUCGAAAGUGAAAGAAAACACCUACCUUCCUGACUGUAAAGUCACCAUAACACAGCGCGAAAAGAACAAGCGAAGGUGUGUUGCAGUGUAGCCUCGUACCACACUGCUCCGAUCCAGACGGAGUGCCGCAAAGAUGAGUCUUCCUGGGGAUCUAGAUGAAUUAUUUGCUUCUGAAAUGAGUAUCUCACUGCCGGGUGAGAAUGAGGAGGAGGAAGAGGAGGAGGAGGAAGAGCCAGAGAGGAGUCUCGUUGUGGUUCGCGAGUCGAAUACCUUGUCAAUCGUGGGCCACGAGAGGCUUCAGGAAGGGCCUCCAUCGCCAGCCCCCAGCUAUGAGUCCAUGAAGAGUGAUGAGGCAUAUGACUACAAUCUCAGUGAUUUUGAUGAAGAGCCUCCACCCACAUACACAAGGAUCCAUCUGGAGAGACCAGACUCCCCUGCAUCCAGCUGUAGUUCCAUGGACAGUGAUGACUCAAGGGAAUGCUCACCCAAACCUUUUUGGAUGGGUCCAAGACAACGGACGAAGACCUCGGAUGCCCAACCAGAGGAUGCCAGCCAUACCCCUCCCAGGGUGCAGCUGAGUAAGGCGGAAGUGCAGGCCCUGCUCGGCGUGACUGAGCGGAGACACCCCGCCAUGAACGUACAAUUCAUGUUCAAGACACUUCAGACAACUCUGGAAAAACUGUCCGAGUAUGAGCUGAGAUAUUUCAAGAAGUGCCUGGUGGAGCGUUACCCACAGUGCUUUGAGAGUACUCUGAUGAGCCACGAUAUCCUAGAACUUGUUGACAAGAUGCUGGAGGUCUGUGACAUGGAGGGCUCUCAGCAGAUCACAGUGCUCAUCCUGACAGACAUGAAACUAAAGGAAGUUGUGAAAUACCUGCAGUUUACGGUCAAAAAAAAUGAAGCACGGUAUGACUUGAAGGCCAAUCUGAAGAGGAAGUACACAUACAUAUAUGAAGGCGUAGCAAACCAAGGGAGUUCAGCCCUCUUCAACAGUAUUUUUACUGAGCUGUUUAUCACAAUGGGAGGAAACGCAGGGAUCAAUACUGAACACGAGGUUAUGGAGAUCGGGCCACUGGUUAAGAAACGAUCCAAAGAGGUAACUGUACUCAAAUGCAGCGACUUAUUUAACCUUUCGGCUGGUCACCAGAAACAUCAGCGAUCGCUGUUGAUGAAGGGAAUGGCUGGCAUGGGAAAGACGACCUGUGUGCAGAAGUUCAUUCUUGACUGGGCAGAAGGGAGGGACCACCAAGACAUAUAUUUCGUCUUUCCCUUACCAUUUGAGGACUUGAAUGUGAUUGAGGGAGUUCGUUACAGUCUUAUCCAGCUUCUUCACUACUUCUUCCCGGAAACGAAAGAGCUGGAAACCAUCGAGAGUGAUGAUGACUGCCAAGUGUUGAUCAUUUGUGAUGGUCUGGAUGAGUGUCGACUUCCCUUGAAUUUCCAGAAAAAUGAGUGCUGGUGUGACGUAACUAUGCCAACAACACUAGAUGUGUUGCUGACAAACCUCUUCAGGGGUAAUCUUCUUACUUCUGGCUACACUUGGGUGACCUCACGGCCGUCAGCAGCAAGUCGACUCCCUCCUGAUUGUGUCCAUCAGUUGGUAGAGGUACGAGGGUUUAAGGACCCAGAGAAGGAAGAGUACUUCAGGAAGAGGUUCAGUGACCAGGACCUGGCUGACAAAAUUAUCACACACAUAAAGUCCUCCAGGAGCCUUGACAUCAUGUGUCACAUACCAAUGUUCUGUUGGACUGCAUCAGAUAUGCUAGGAAGAGCAUACCGUGAAGCUGGUAAUGAAGAAAUCAACACAACCCUGACUCAAAUGUUCACACACUUCCUGCUUGUUCAAUUAGAUACCAAGGUUCGGAGGUAUUAUGGGAAAGAGUUAAGCCAUAUGCAUGAGCCAGAGAGAGAAUUCCUAACGAAACUGGGGAAGCUGGCAUUUCGACAGCUGGAGAAAGGCCAGAUGAUCACAAACGAAGAGGAGUGGAGAGAGAGUGGCUUAAACCUGAAAGAAACUGUGGUGCAUUCUGGGCUGUGCACAGAGCUCUUCAAGGAAGUGUAUGUGAUGUAUCAUGAGAAAGUGUACUGUUUCAUGCAUCUGAGCAUUCAGGAGUACCUAGCUGCUUUGUAUGUGAUCCUCUCCUUUAAAAACAACAGUAGGAAUGUACUUGACCAGCCUUUGCGCACUAAAGUUUCUAGGCUUUUCAAAGAAACGUCCAUGUUUGACUUGCACAAGAGUGCAGUGGAUCAGGCCUUACAGAGUCAGAAUGGACACCUUGACCUUUUCCUCCGCUUCCUGCUUGGCCUCUCUCUGCACUCCAAUCAGGGCCUGCUACGAGGAAUCAUACUAGAGACGGGAAGCGGCACGCAGAACUUUGAGAAAACAGCCCAGUACAUCAGGAAGAAAAUGAAGGAGUGUCACUCUGCAGAGAGGUGCAAUAAUCUGGCCCGUUGUCUUGAUGAGCUGCAGCUGUGAGCCUGGAGUCUCAUGUCAAACUCCUGGAACAGCACAAAGAGAGCUGUCAUGCCCACUCCUACCCCAGUGACUUCAAUAUAUUACAUAUUGUUAAUGAACCACAAAAAAUGAAUCAUUUUGUUUUGUUUAUGAUGUUAUAACUUUGCUACGCCGAUAAAUAUGAACUGACCAUGUCAAAACAUCACAUUGGACUUGGAUUGU